AUGCUUUAUCUUAAGCAUCCUAAGGAAAGUACCUCUGGGUACAAUGGAGAUGUUUCUGUGAACGUGACUUUCACUGUUAUGAAAAGUCUCUGGGGACUUGUCAAUAAUGCUGGGAUUAUGGGGCCAUCAGCUCCUACAGACUGCUUGGAUACUGAGCACUUUAGAGGACCAAUUGAAGUUAAUUUACUUUGACUCACAAAUGUUACAAUACAUAUGCUUCCCUUGACAAAAAAAAAAGCAAAGGGAAGGAUAGUAAAUGUAUCUAGUGUUGGAAGUUGCCUAGCACCUGUGAUGGAGGUGUUUUCUUCAAAAGGAUUUAAUGACAGCUUAAGGAGAGAAAUUAAAGCUUUUGGAGUUAACAUUUGUUGCAUUCAACACAGACUGUUCAAACCAGCAUUAUCUAAUCCAGUGAAGAUCAGGAAAGAGAAGGAGGUUAUUUGGAAUAAGCUUCCCUCUGAUAUUAAAGCACAAUAUGGAGAGGAAUAUUUUCAGAAAGAUUACUCAGUAAAAAGUGAUUAUAGACACAGAAAAACUAUGAAAUGA